GAUCACAGCAGAUGCUUCGUGUAACAGUGUGAAUUGUACACUGCUGGCAAAACCGUGAUCCGAAAUGGCCCUUAAGUUCACUCUGUUUCUAGUGGCAGCUGUCAGCGCUGCUAGUUUGCAGGACUAUCAUCAACAGGUAUUGCAGCAGCAUCCAAGUAACCAACAGCAACAGCAGCAGCAGCAGCAGCAACAGCCAAAUCACCAGCAGCGAUUGCAUGGUCUAGAUUUAGAAAACCGACACCUUUCAACCGAUAACCUGUAUGAGACCGAUGUGCAGAACCGAAAGGAAGAUCAGGUAGGGUACGACUUUUCGUACUCUGUCCACGACCCAGUGACAGGCGAUCAAAAGAGUCAGGAAGAGUCCCGAAGAAAUGGACAUGUGCGCGGCCAAUACUCCUGGGUGGAUGCUGAUGGUAUUCGACAAAUUGUCGACUACCGCGCAGAUGAUCGUACGGGAUUCAACGCACAGCAGCGCACGGAACCUGCCAACCGGCCCCGUCUUAACCGAAUCUUGAAGCUGGUACCUGCACAAGCAGUAACCCCCCUCUACACAAUUGACACGAUCAUUGCCCCAGCCUACACUUCAGUAUCGCGCGUAGAUCAAAUACGUAGAAACGGCCAGGAUUCUGGUGUCGGUCGUGACGAACAACAUGGGGAUCAGCAGGAGGUUCGAGACACUCAGAGAGAUGAACAAAAUGCUAACCGUGACAACAGAAGGAAGGAGCGACGUGACGAGCGGCUAGAUAAUGCUAGUGGCAUCGAGGAUCGUCGUGAGGAACGUCACGGGAAUCAUCGUGAUGAUCGUCGUGAGGACCGCCGCGAGGAACGCCGUGACGAACGUCGCGAUGAUCGUGUUGAUGACCGUCGGGAGAGCCACCGUGAGGAUCAUCGCGAGGACGAUCGCCGCCCAGACCACCACGAGGAACACCGUGGCGAUCACGCGGAUGAGCGUCGAACUGACCAGCGCCAAGAAACCGGUGAUGAUCGUCGCCUCGCAGGACUUGGAUCGGGCAUUCAAUCAGAAGUUCACUUCCAAGCUCCCUCGGUGGCCUAUCAGUACCGCAACUAACUCACACAGCUAAACCAUCGAUACUAUGAUAAAGGAUCUUCAGCACGUUGCCAUACCGAUGUGCUAUUACCAGGCUCAAACCCAUUUGGCAACAGUGGUUCUGUAGCAUAAAUAAAGCAAACUGACAUCGAGAAGAAAUAUGA